AUGGCUGCGACAAGAAAGUUGCAAGGUGAAAUAGAUAGGUGCCUUAAAAAAGUAACGGAAGGUGUGGAAACUUUUGAAGAUAUCUGGCAAAAAGUUCACAAUGCCACAAACAGCAAUCAAAAAGAGAAGUAUGAGGCUGAUCUCAAAAAGGAAAUCAAGAAACUUCAAAGGUUACGCGAUCAAAUUAAGAGUUGGAUCGCAUCGGGUGAAAUAAAAGACAAGAGUACACUGCUCGAUUAUCGAAAGUUAAUCGAAACUCAAAUGGAAAGAUUUAAAGUAGUGGAAAGAGAGACAAAAACAAAGGCUUAUUCUAAAGAAGGUUUAGGAGCAGCUCAGAAAUUAGAUCCAGCUCAGAAGGAGAAAGAUGAGGUGACCAAUUGGCUGGCCAAUUCUAUAGACGCUCUUAAUCUGCAGAUGGAUACAUUUGAAUCGGAAAUAGAAUCGUUACAGGCAGGAAAGAAGAAAAGAAUAGACAAAGAUAAGCAAGAUAGGGUGGAUGAACUGAAGACGAAACUCGACAAACACCGUUAUCACAUCCGUAAAUUGGAGACAUUAUUACGUAUGCUUGACAAUAUGUCUGUCGAAGUUAACACAAUUAAAAGGAUAAAAGACGAUGUCGAGUAUUACAUUGAAUCUUCGCAAGAUCCCGAUUUCGAAGAGAACGAGUACAUCUACGACGAUAUUAUCGGCCUCGAUGAAGUCGAGUUGUCCGGUGUUGGUAUCCCAUCGUCAGCAACGACGGACAGCAACAACAGCAACGAAACCGGUGGUACACCGACGUCAACUAACUCUUGUACCUCGCCUAUACCAUCGCCAUCGUUGAGCUCUACUAUGCAUAAUCAUUCGAGUGAUAGUUCUACGGAUAACGACAAGAAAACGAAGCCGGUGAAACCAACAGCAGUCAGGCCGCUAUUGAAUACGCAAGCGAGCAUUCCAACCACGGGAAGCACUGCCACCAUAAAGUCGAACAUGUUGUCGAGCAGCACUCCAAGCAAAACCAUUCCCAUGACGCCUAGCCACAGCUCGCCUAGUUCCACAAGCAAUCACAUUGCCACGACUAACGCAGGCAAUUUUGCCACCGUAGCUGCCUCGCAUAGCAAUUCGCAAGCCAUCCAUUCUACCUCUAAUAAAACAUCCACCCAUAACAGCGAAAAUAACAUUUUAUCGUCAUCAUCCACGUCCAUCGUUACGUCGAACAUGCCGCAAACGGUCACGCAGCAGCACAACAGCAAUCCGGUCUCGACGCAGACAACGCACGUGCUACACAGUCAACAAAGCCAGAAUCACAAUAGCGAAACGGAAAUGACCACACCGAUACCGCCGUCGUCGUCCCCGCAGUCGUCGGUCAGCAGUAGAUCCUCGCCGAUGCCCGCAAACUCCUGCUCGCCAGCACCGUCCACUGCCAAUGGUCUCAUCUCUAAGCUUCCCGAUGGAAACAUGUCCUCUCUAAAAUCCAUUGCCCAACAAGUAAUUGUCCGAGCAGGUCUGGAGAUACCACCCUCCGAGCCGAACAGAACCAUCUUUGACAGUGCCAAGACUAGUAACAACAACAACACCAACGCUACGUCGGAAGCACACAUUCCUCCGUUACUUGGAGUCGCGCCUCUCGGACCUGUGCCGCUGCAGAAGGAGCAUCAGAUGCAGUUCCAAAUGAUGGAAGCCGCCUACUAUCAUAUGCCACAUCCGUCUGACUCGGAAAGACUACGUUCGUAUUUGCCGAGGAACACGUGCACGACGCCACCUUAUUAUCAGCAAGUUCAGCUUCCUCACUCAGAUACUGUGGAGUUCUUCCAACGUCUUUCUACGGAAACUUUAUUCUUCAUAUUUUAUUAUAUGGAAGGAUCUAAGGGACAGUAUUUGGCAGCGAAAGCUCUGAAAAAACAGAGCUGGAGGUUUCAUACCAAGUACAUGAUGUGGUUCCAGAGACACGAGGAACCAAAAGUUAUUAACGAGGAAUACGAACAGGGAACGUACAUCUAUUUUGACUACGAAAAGUGGGGUCAGAGGAAAAAGGAAGGAUUUACUUUCGAGUAUAAGUACUUAGAGGACAGAGACCUGAACUAAGACAGUUCUGUCGCGCUUGUUAAGUCUUCGAAAUGCGCCGUUUCUGUACCGGUAUUGUGUUUAUCUGACAUCUCACAGAUGAUCUUUUUCGGUCAAGUCGGUAAACAAUUAUAAAAAAAUAAAAACAAAAAGCUCUAGUUUAAAAAAAAAAAAACCAAAAAAACAAAAAAAGAACAAAUUUGUGAAUAGAAGAUAAAAAUGAAGGCAUUUCAUUACAUUUUCGAUGUUGCGACAUUUAAAAAUUCUUUUUAAGGCUCCUUGUCUUCCGCUGCGGUCAUAUUGAAUUGUAAUAUCAGAAACGAGAAAUCGUGUGAAUAUUAUAUAACUUUUUGCGUUACAAAUCAAUUCGAAAUUUUUUAUUUUCUCACAUCCCAUCGAUAAUAUAUCAAAAUGUGAACAGCACUAGCCACUGCACAAGAACGUGAGUCUUGUGCGAUGGUUCCUGAACUAAAACUAUGAAGUUUUACGUUCGCUUGUAUUACCGAACGCGUAGGACGGUAUGAGAGAGAAAAAGAGAGCGAGAAAGAGAGAGAGAGAGAGAGAGAGAAAAAGAAAAAGAGAGAAAAAGGACGUGUAAGUUCUGUAUGUGCAAUGUAAGAAAAUUACAUUCGUGCAAUUUCUUGUUUCUGACAUUGUAAUGCAAUAGCGUAGGACCAAGAGUCUUAAUGCUUUUUUUUUUCGUAGAAAAACAAAAAACCCACGAGGUAGAUUUUACGAAAAAAAGAAAAAAAACAAACAGCAAGACAAACGAGAGGAAACUUUUUUGAGAAAAAUAAAAUCAUAAAAAUAUUGUAAAUGGGGAUACAACAACAAAAACAACAACAACAACAACACAACAAAAGGAAAAAGCAGAGAUCGGAAUGAAACUUAGAGAGAAAAAGCAUCAUAGUAAUACAGAACGAUACAGUGUGAUAAUAGGUGAGAAAGAGAGGGAGAGGGUGAUGUACUUGCUGGCGACUGAAUUUGUAAUACCAGUACAAACAAGCGUGCGGCCCGUCUGCCGUUUGGCGGUAAGGUGGAGGGCCCUCAUGCUAUGGUAUGACUUAAUGUUAGAUUAUAAGUAGCCUUUUUGUAUAAAGUGUAUUGAGGUAUAAAACCCUUAAAUUGAAUUAAUGUGUACAGAAUGUGUAGAAAUAGUGAAUAAUAAUAUUAUGGAAUAUAUUUUAUUUCUCA